CCGUGGACGGAACUAGACGUGAAAAUAGAAAACACACAACCAACGCAAGCUGAACCUGGUUUGCCUCCUUGCCCUUCCUGCCCUCUCUGAACAGUUCCUGUCCCUACAGAUUGGAAGGAGGGCCUUCCACGCCUGCUUGACUAUCAGUAAAGUUUGCACCGGGACAGAAACCACAACAACAAAACCAACAGUGGAACAUUCGAUAGCUUCAGUUUCUGAAUGAAAUUCGGUUGCAGGUUGGAGAACGAACGGUGGAAGCGCAAGGUGGUUUUGCUGGAGUUGAGGAGUUCGAUACGCAGAGAGCAGAGAUACGGACAUUUGCGAGAGUGAAAAUAAGGGAUUCUUUGUGAAAGUGCUUACCGAAAGCUGCCUCUGGGAACAGACCCGUUGUGUGCGUGCUGCUGUUAGCAAGAUAAGACGGAAUUGAUUGUGGAAUUCGGUUCUUGCCUAGAAUUUGUGCUAAGUUGUGAUUUGCAGUACAACAAGUGGAAUUAACAAACGUGUGGAUCUGGUUGUAUGUGAAUUUGGGAUUUUUUAGGGAAAGGCGUUUCGUGUGAGUGCUUUUUAUCAAAGGAAGCAAAUUAGUUCUGCUUGACGGGAUGACCGAAAUAAAAAGAGAAAUGAUUGGAAAAAGUUUUCCCCAGUGUCAUUGACAAGUGGGUUUAUUUGUAACAUUGCUGUGUUUUUGGAAGAAUCCCACUAGUUUUGAACACAGUCGGUGUGUGAACUGGACAUAACUGUGCAACAAGCUUCAUGAACAAUCUGUUGAAUGUUCCAAGGAGCGAUAGCUGUGUGAAUAAUUAAAAAAAAAUGUAAUCAAUGCACUGUUAAAGAGUUGUGAAUUUCUCGUAUCGUCGAAGUUUAGUCCAAUCCAGCGAGAAGUUCCGUUGAACCGAAAUAUUUCACCGUUAAAACGAGGCACACGGCAAAGUGUGCAGAAAAAAGAAGUUCGAGGAAAAACUUUGGAUACAACACUGAACCAGGAUCCAAAAAUGUACAAAGAAAGGUCAUGAAUUGCUAUAAACAAGUGCACUCCGGUUAAGCUUUCCACAUAAGAAGAACGACGGCUUGUCCCGAUGAGGGCGGAUACGAGUUUGAAAAAUGAAACUUAGUGCCACGUUGGUUGCAAGAGGAACAUUUUCCAUUAAAGCUCCCUGCGGGUUAGGACUGACGGUAUGCAUAGUAACAAACCGACCUGCACCAACCGCAGUCGUUGUUUCGCCGUAUAUCAAUUCAGUGUGAUCAAUUCAGCGUCACCGUCACCGCAGCAAUGCAACCGAGCGCAGUAUGCACCAUUAACCAGUCGUUUUAGCGGACUACAAACCUAUUCCAGUGUGAAAGUGUUCCGUUAGGGAAUAAUUCAUCUUAGAUCGUUUUGCUAGAAGUGCUACAAAGUAGUGAAUAGUCAAAGCAGACCGUAUUGGAAUCAACUAGCAAACAAUUUUUCCGUUUGAACCAGAGAAACGGGCGGUUAUUUUAAGCUGUUUCAAAGUGAGAGAGAGAGAAAUAAAUUACAGUUCUUGCGCCACCUGUUGUGAACAAACUAAUCCAUACCAGCACACAAUGAGUUUCUUCAGUUCGCUGCAACAGUACGUGACGAGUGGCGUGGCCGGCCUGGGGCUGAACCCGCGUCGUUUCUCCCUAUCCCGGCAGGAGUCCACGGAGGCCACGACUCCGGCCGCCAACAUCGGCAGCCCCAGUCCGCUGAUGCUGAUGGAUCCCAGCAAAAUGAACAACACCGGUGGUAUCCUAAUGGGACCUCCUCCCGGCUCGGGAGGUUCCAUCGGAAGCAGCGGCAGUGCUGGUGGCUUCGGUGGGAUGGGCGGAGCGGUCGGGGGACCCACACUAGGCUAUCCUAAAGUAGUGACACCGUCAGGAUCCGGAGGCACUAUCGCAUCCGGUGGAUCUGGUGGGGGUGGUGCUGCAAGCGGAGGUGGUAUAGGACCCGGUCCCUACGGUACGGCAGGUGGAGGUGUGGUACCUGGCAGUCCCGCUGCCGGUGGACCCUCGAUUCGACGCCAAUCGUCGUCCCGUGGAUUGGAAGCACUGGCCCCACCGGUAAGGCAGGGUUCCUUCCGGGGACGAAAUUCCCCGAUCAACCCAACAGCGCCGGAUAAACCGUCCUUCUCAGUAUGGAAGCGACGACCCUCCUGGCCUGAGGUCGAAAUUAAAUCAUCGUCCGGACAACGGCAUCGGUUGUCCCCGACGCCACUGAUAAGGAUCCAGGGGGAUUCGGAGCCGGCCGGUAGCGGCGAGGACAAAGACGGCAGCGUGACCGAGAUUGUCUAUCGGUUCGACAAAAUGAACCCGCCCUAUAACAGUGUGCUUAGUGCCAAUAACAAUAGUGUGCAGGAGAACGACGGAUCCUACUUCGAAAGCUUCACUGCGCUGUCAUGGAAGAACGAAAACCGACGUCUGUCGGCGGUCCGAGCGGUGGAAACCCGUGCGGAAGUACUGCCGGAGAACGAUAACGACCGACUGCUGGAGGACGACAUCGAACGGUCCGAACAGAAGGAGCAUCUCUAUCUAGACGUCCUGUACGCGAUUGCCAAUACAGUUGGUGCACCGGCACCGGGCGGACAGUACAGCGGAAAAAAGCUACUGCAAUUCGCCCACUACAAGGACGAGAUGUAUUUGCAAGCCCAGCGAGUGUUUAACGUUUCGGCCGACCGACACUACCGGCUGCUGCACGCGGCCAACGAGGAAAAACCCAAGAUUAUCGUUCUCACCGUGAUCGUACAGGAAGCGGAAGGUCUCGAGGCAAAGGAUGCUAACGGUUUCAGCGAUCCGUACUGCAUGCUCGGUAUACAACCGUCGGGAACACCGCCGCCCCCGUCACCUCAGCCACCAAUGACACCCCGAACGCUCUCCGACACUGGCAUGGAUAGCCUGGAGUCGCCGGAGCACGGCAAACUGCGCAAACAUCACAGCUUUCGGUUGAGCUUCAAGCGCAAAGACGGUCGCCAGCAGAGGGACUCGGUCGGACCGGUUCCGGCCAAAUUCAUUAGAGCGACCUCGGUAAAACCACACACGCUCUGCCCGAAGUGGCAUGAAAAGUUUAAAUUCGACAUCGACGAUAUACACUCCGACAUUUUGCACCUGGACAUUUGGGACCACGAUGACGAAAGCAGUGUGCUAGAUGCUGUUUCACGACUGAACGAGGUCAGAGGAGUUAGAGGAUUAGGUAGAUUUUUCAAACAAGUAUGCCAAUCAGCACGCCAAGGUUCGCAGGACGACUUCUUGGGUUGUAUCAAUAUCCCAGUCUGUGAUAUUCCUUCAACUGGCUUGGAAGGUUGGUUUAAAUUGGAGGCACGCAGCUCGCGCAGCUCGGUGCAGGGACGAAUUCGGCUGAAGAUGUGGUUGUCGACACGCGAGGAUCGUGGCAAUUCCGAGGAGGACAACACGCUGGAGGUGAAAAAAUUUGAACGACUGCAAACCAUCUUCAUGAUGCAUGAACUGCACGCUCACGAACCCGCCUGGAAAUGGAACGGAGAAUUGGCUGGACCCUCACUAACCAUCCUGCAUCAAAUAGCGGUUCAGAGUGAUCUCUCCGAUCUACAAAUUUCUCUCGCCAAAUUGGUGGCUAUCAUAAGGCUCAACCGUAAGAAACCAUUGGACACAAAGUUCAUCCACCGGCAGCUCAUCGAGGUAGACAAACUGUGGGUCAACAACUACAACAACGAACCGUUGACUCGCGAACUGGAACAGUGGCUGGCGGAUUCGUUGAACGGUUUCGUCGAACGUUCCCUCAGCCACAUGCGACGUCAUCGGGAAGUUUUUCCCGCACUGCACCCACCAUCGCUCGUACGGUUAGAGUUCCUCCUGCGGUGUCUAGGUCUGCUCGGCUCAAUGCGGGCCUUCCGCCAGGUUAGUCCGUUCAGCAAAGGCGUUCGAGGCGAAAUUGUUGGCGCUUUGCGAAAGGGAUCGAUAACGUGGUCCCAAGCGCAACUGCGCGAAGCUCAACGGGCACCAAAUCCCUUGGUGCAUUACACCACGAUACUGAUUGCGGAUCUCCAGCUUGGCGUGACGUACUAUCAUUCGCUGUUCGAUACAACAAACGGUAUCCAGUACUUCAGUAUUGUAUACAAACAAUUCGACUCUCUGCUCUCCGAGGAAGUGACCAACCGCAUCGAAACUGGCCAGCUGCCGGGAACAAUCGUAAACCACUGGACAAUCCUGGACAAUGAUCGCGAGCCGGACACGGCUCCGUUCGAGGUCUACUUUACCCUGCAGGAGUUUCACAACAUGAAAUCACACCUAUCGGUAACGCCACAACCACCGGAGAAACCACUGGGACUACAGAACUUCCACGAGUGGUUCGAGCCUGCCGUGCAACGAUGGAUUUCAAUCAGCAAAACUAAAGCGAUACAGCGCAUUAAGGCUGCCGUAAAUGUGGACCAGCUAUGCGAGGGUGAACGGAUCGUGCGACACAGCACUUCAUCAAUCGAUACGGCAUCCUGCUUUUACCAGAUACGAGAAUUUUGGAAGAAUCUUGCCUGGCCGGAUCACGGCUCCGGAGCGCACUACGAAGCGUUGAUCGUCGAUUUGGUUUGUACCACGGCGAACGUCUACUCGGAUUUGAUUCACCAGAAUUUAACGGAAAGUGGGUACUAUGACAAGUCGGGUCCUCAACGCACAGCCGACGAUAUGUGCGUUAUAGUCAACAAUCUGGAGUAUGUCAGACGAGCCUUGGCCGAAUUUCAUCCGGAAACACACCAUUUGACGGAGAAUGCCGAAAACUUGCUCGAUAAUACAAUUGCUCAACUGGAGAAUAAAGCUGACCGAGUGCUUGGGAAACUAACCGCUUCCAUGCAAGGUCCGCUGCAGAAAGCCGUGUUCCAUUUGGCUUGGUCUCCGGAUUCACUACCCGCCAACCAAGCAGUGAUGCCUCUUCUGGAGUACUUGGACUCACACCUAGCGACGUUGAAUGUAACACUUCUGUCCCAAAACUUCUACCGUGCAAUGAGUCUCAUUUGGAACAGCGUAUUGGCGGAGUUUGCCAAGCAGAUGGACGCUGGUGGAGAGGGAGACAAACCUAGUAACUUCCACGAUCGCAUGUAUGGAGCACUGCAACUGCUAGGGGAAUUUUUCAACGCCGAGGGUCUCGGUCUACCGCCUGAGAUUCUACACAGCGAUCUGUACUGGCGCGUUGCUCAACGAUUACAAUAUCACAAAACCGACACCGAGCAGCUAAUCGAUCUGUACUACCUGCAGAGACUACAAGAGCAGCUAAACACGGUUGGACCGACCGGGCUUGGUGUGCUUUCCGUGAAGGCGUAUUUCAAUCACGAUUCGCUGUGCGUUGAAGUGCUGAACGCCAAGGACGUCAUCCCACUGGAUCCGAACGGGUUCAGCGAUCCGUUCGUGAUUGUAGAACUGAUGCCAAGGCGGCUUUUCUCGCACUGCUCCGAGCAGCAGACUAACGUGCACAAGAAAACACUCCACCCCGUGUUUGAUGAAUGUUUCGAGUUUUCGAUCACGCAAGAACAAUGCCACGCGGAAGCUGCCAUGAUUGUGUUCACCGUUAUGGACCACGAUGUGCUAACUGCGAACGAUUUCGCCGGCGAAGCGUUCCUGUCGCUGACGAACAUUCCCGGCGUAUCCAGCAAUUUUAACAUGAACAUUGAAAACUUUGACUGUGUGGCCCAGAUCGAUCUGCCCCUGCUGGAGAUGAAAGACAAAAGUCACCCCAUCCUAUUAAUUCUCGAAGGAAGGGUCAACGAUAAAAACGCCAUGGAUUUUGUGAGGAAACAGAAAGCUCGCGUCGUAGGCUAGGCGUUUUUUUGUACACAUGAAUGUCAAUCAGCAAAAAUUUGUGAGUUUACAGUUUACACAGAUAGCUUAUUUGUAAUCGUAGGAUUUUGGAAACUAAGCGACCUGCUGCAGACGUCUAAUUGAAGGAAACAAAAACAAUGCUUUCAGAAUUGGACAGUAUUUUAAUCUACUUUUUCAACAGAAACGGAAUAUCUCUACGCGACAGCUAAUUUUUUGUAUGAAACUUACUUUUAGAUUUUUUCGUAAGCGUGUUAUCAAUGCCUUCACAAACUACGAUAUAAAAGUAACCGACAUUCGUGUAAAUCUUUCCAUGAUAGCACACUCCACGAAACUAGUGAGUAUCCCCUGGACCUUGUGGAUUAGAAAAUGUAGUGGAAACCCUGCUAAAAAAUAUAUGAGACUAACCUUUACUAUAUUGUAAGAAGCUCAGUGCUUGUUUCGAAAAGAGCAUAUUUUUAUACGAAUUUGAUUUAAAUCUAUACAACAAAAAAAAGAAUAACUAACUUUAGCUAACUAUAAAACGAAUCUUGUACAUUCGAAACUUUGUACAGUUAGACGAUACAAACUUUAGAGAUGCUAUACAUAGGUUUUCUACCAGCAAACAUCAAGCCUAUCAUCAAACAUUGAAGCAAAUCAACUCUUUGCAACUGUAAACAUUUUCUAACUCUCCACUCUAAAAGGACGAACAAACCAAAAAUCGAAAACGAACGAGUUGGACAAAACAACCAAAUAUACCAUUUACUCUUAAGCUGUAAAUUUUCUCAAACAAACUGCAGAUAAUUUCUUAUGAAUGAAUAACAAACUUAAGCAACAAACCAAAAAAAAUCAAGGAAACGAUCGCGUCCGCCCCUAGUGCUUUCAUCCGAAGGGAGUUUGCGAUCUUUCCGCCUGUAUAAAAAGAAUCUGUUUAAAACAAGUAUCGUACACAUAUACUAUCCACGGGAUGUACAACCGCAAACUGAACGCUACACUCUCACAAUCAUGCAUACCGCUGCACUAAGUUAGUAUUUUUUUGCUUGACUUUGUUAACUUUUUUUUAUUACAUGACACUUAAUGGAAAGCCAUGUCAGCAUCACAUCCGUCACAGCACAAAAUUGGUUUCGAAUACAAGACUGUGUCCACUAUGCCAGAUAGCUGGCUGCAUAGCAAUCAUUGUCAAUUCCGUGAUCGAUGAACUAGCGAAACAAAGUAGCUAAUUCACAGCAGUUUGAGUAGAACUAAUUUAACUAUUAGUUGUUUGCUUCACGUACAAAGUUGGGAAUGGAAUGAGUAAAUAUGUUGUGUACCGAAAGGUUUUUCCACAUAAGAAACCGUCAAAAAAAAGUCAGGCUUUGAACGCUGGUAACUUAGUCAUUUGUUAACAUAUUUUUAAUAUUUUUACAUGAAUCGGUUACAUAUUUUUUUACCAAAUUGUUUUAAUAAAGAAACUUACAGAAUUGAAUUAUUGUAAGCCAAAAUAGUUGUUAUCAGGUAAUAAAAAAUUACGAAUCUGUAAAUCCACACCAAGUUUUAGGUACUAGCGAAAGUAUUGUCAUUGGCUAUGUGCAAGUUUGCCCAAUCGGAUUGUCACUGAUCGGAGCUCAAAUGCCUCGUUCAAUUUGAGAAAAACAUUAUCUGCUCAGGUGUAAUGAUUACCACAAAAAUGGCAACACUGGCAUUCUAUUUUGUUCGUCCCCCAUACUGCCGUUUGAAGCAUAGUUGUCCCAGCGUGCAUAAGAUUUGUGUAGAACAUGGGCCUACUAUGAUUUGAACGGCAGCAUAAGAGGAUUCGUUUCCAGGGACGGACGCAAUGCACUUCAGAGAUAAGCGACCUAACCCCACUUUUUUGACAGUUCAGGAAGCUUGUUUACAAAGUGUUAGAAGCUGGAGUGAAAAACCGAGAUAUUUUUGUUCUUACUGAAUUGUUGCCCAAUCAAUUAAAAAGACGCAUGGAGAUUAUUGGUUGAACACAUUUUUAUUGCAGUAGCUCUAUCCCAAAUGAUCCAAAUCUCAUGAUCAUCAAAUUUUGUUAUGGCUUUUCUCUUUUUCAUUUCCUAACCCAUACAUACAGUGAAACCACAAACUAGCAGAUGUAAAACUAAAAACAUAGUUCCAAUAAAAAAUCACAGGAAGGUUGUACGCAAAGCCACGACCGCAAGGUUGAAGUAGAAUACUUUUACAAGAAAGAUAACCCGGCUGCUUGCAUGUCAGUCAUUUUUUCUAGUAAAGAAACGUUGACCGUUCAUUGGCAGUAUUGUAAUUUCUCUUUGUUUGAUAUUUUGAAUGAAGUUUAUUGCAUAUUUUUAAAAUUUUGCGCAAAUGAGCAGUUGAAGUGCUGCCGAAUUGUAAUAUGCACAUUAAAUACGACAUCAUUGAACUGGAACGGAUCAAAGGCUACAGUUAUGCAGAACGCGAAUGACAACGCGAUGUGAUUCGCCUUACCGUGGUGGAAUGUACAGCUCUUUUUAGGUGAAGUAGAGCUAUACAUUUCAACACAUUUCGUCUUGCCGAAUCGCAUCGCGCCGUCAUUUGCGUUCUGCAUAACCGUAGCCAAACACUAAGCGACGCAAACACGUAAUAAUAGUCAGAGUAUGCAUGUAAAUGAAGAAAAUUAACUUUGGAUUAUAACGCAAAACGAGAGAAUAUUAACUCUUCAAAUAUUCAAUUGUGUUCUUCAAAUUUUAGUUGUUCAAUUUAAUAUCUGAUGAAAUGUCUGUUUAAUAUCUGAUGAAGGCUCUUGUAUAGGCCAAAUAAUGCAUUCCCAAUUUACCAGGUCCAUAACUCUGUCGACCGUGCUUGGAAAAGCAAUCGUAUAACGACCAAUCAGAGGUCGAAUUUUGUGUUUUGACAAAGUUUAAGAAUUUUCAAUAGUACAAUAGUUAGAAUAAUAGAAUUGCAAUUUCCUGCAUUUGGUAGGAAUCUUAGAAGAUUUUCUAAUCGAUUACUGCAAAAACGAAGAAAAUCCAUCGAAAACUAACCGAUUUAUUAACAUUUGAAAUUGGACAUAUUUCUCACUUUUUUCGGUUUUAGAUUUUCAUUUCAUAUCCCUAUGUAGCCGAACUUCCUGAGAGAAGUAUUCUACUUCAAAACAUACUUAAUCACUUAAUCACAUAAUGUUAUCCGGUAAACGAAAUACCGAACUAUUAUGCCAGUCUGCACUUUAUAUUUCUGGUCGAAUAUUUGUUUAUUUAUUCAGCUUUCUUGUAAAUCACUUAAGGUAUGUUUAGACUAUCUGAUUUUUCCAUCUGAUUCGAGCUGAUUGCUCGAAAAUAUAUCGAAUGCAAUGUUGGUUUACGUUUACAUCUAUUCGAUAUUGUAAUUCGACAUGCCGUUCGAUAUGUCGAAUGGAAUAGAAACGUUUCUAUUUUUUGUUCGACACCAAGAACAUAGCAACCUUUGAAUUUUUUUUUCAGUUGUUUGUUCUGGCUUUCCAUAACAAACAUCAUUUCGUUUCUUGUGUGCAAAUAUUAAAAUGGAGAAGAAGACUGGAGCUGUAUCCAGCAUUGAAAAAAUCAUUUGACAGUUUUUCCUUUCGACUUGUACAAGCAGUGUGAACACCGCCAUACAAACAGGUUUGACAAAGUAUGUCGAACGGUAUAUCGAGCAGACUUUCGAUUUCUGCAGUGGUCAAAAUCAGACCGACAUGUCUAAUAGUCUAAACGUACCUUUAUAUGAAUCGAACAAUUUCAAUUCUUUCCAUGCUAGUUACUUUGACGUAAUAGAAGAACCCUGCUAUCUGAUACUGGCAGGUUUAGAAUGCUUUCUUUCUACGAGUCACUAACUGUAUCACCUUCUCACAAAAGUUGACAAAUGCAACCGGAACUGAUUAUUUUGGAGUUACUUAUUAUUUUGCCUCUCAAGUGAAACCAGAACAAUCAACAGUGCUCGCUAUUGUACGUUAAAGGUUUUCCAAGCUACUUCCAGUUUAAAUACUUUUUGGAAAUCCAAACCCAGAACUCUCCAACAUACAUUCACUCUAACACGAUAAACACAUUUGCUGUGCCACUAAAAUAUAUAGUAAAUGUCGAGCUUAGAUGUUUAAUAUACCCUCAUCGCAAUAACAAGUAGUCGAUCUUCCCCACGAAUUAUGUUCUGAAAGAGAUAGAACCAGAGAAUCAAAGCACUGCACAACCGUCAAUGUCGUACAUACAUUAGUCCACAUUUCAAAAAAGCAAGAAGCUUUAGAACCAGUCAUGCACAUGCGAAUGAAACCUCAAGAUAACUAAAAAGUAACACAUCAUUGAAAACACAACGCAGAGUUCAUCGGUACGAACCUAGAAGUGAGCCGGAACAAAAGGAACAAACUUCACCUGGUUGAAUUUUUAGACGACUUUAAUUUCUACGCCAGCUUUUAAAUGUACCCACUACCUUUUCACCUAGCGAAACCCCUUUUUGACGAGGACGCAAACCUUUAUAUGGAGAAACUUUAGAUUCUUUGCCAAAGAAUAACCACCCCGUAGCCUUUACAAUUUGCAUGCACCACUUAAAGAAAGAAAAAAAAACGACAAUGUGCUUGUACGGACAAAAAGGGAAACUAUAUAUACACAAAUCUAUCCGUAGGGUUUUGAGCCGUACCAAGGUUAGCCAAAUGAAAACCAAUUAGAUUACAAGCACAUAUUGUAAAUACGCCCAAACCAAUUGUUCAAUGUCUUAGGGAAGCAACAAUCAUAUUACAUUUAAACACUGUACGAUAUUGAAACUCAAUGUUAUAGUAAAGAAUUUUAUCAAAAUAUGUAUUCGAAUCAUUAGAUCGGAAGCUUUAUCGUCGUUAUUUUUAUGAUAUUUGUUACGAACGUUAAACAACUAUAUUUUGAAAAAUUGUCUAUUUAUUCGCCAGAGAAACUAAUUACGUUAUAUUUCUAAAGGGUCUAUUUUACUUACUGGAAAAUAUAAACAAUAACUGCUACUGUAAAAUACCGAACCAAACAACAAGAAGUCAUGUAUUAUCACCAGAAAUAUCAAUGCACAUUCCCUAGCGAGUCCUCAAUAACAACGAUCGUGGAUUUGUGUAAAUUUCACGUUGUUCAUUGAAAAUUCGCAUCAUCCCAUCAAUUUGAUAACCGUCAGAUGCUGGCACAGAGAAACGAGAUUUAACACUGUCGGGCGAAAUCACGCGGUUCGUUAUAAUAGGUAUCGAUUGUUUUGGACACAAAGGUGCGACAGCUGCAAAAUUGUAAAAAAAAACUAUUAGCGAAACACAAAGAGAUGGCAAUCUGUUUCACAUAUGGUAAUAUUUUUCGAAAAUACAUUAAUAAAGCAAGAUAUCUGUUCAUCCAACAAAACGAUUGCAAA